AUGAAAGAUAUACCAGCCAAAAAUUUACCAAUCGAAAAAGAAUCAACAGCUCGAACGUCAAAACAGAAGAAAACAAAUCGGUCAGUAAACAACACCAAUCAUUUGGCAACAGCAGAUAAGUCAAAGCAAUUGAAUACAAACAAUAAUAACACUAACGAUAGUAACGACCAGGAGAAAAACACCACGCUCAAACAGACUAAACAACAGCAACAACAACAAUCGAAUCGAGCAGAAAAAGAGAAAACACAACCAAAGACUGGUGUCAACGAAGAUGGCUCAUCACUUGGUGUGUAUAUGACAAUGGAUGAAUUAUCAGAAUUAGUUAAAGCCGUUAAAGAGAAUGCCAAAGGACCUGCCCUAACGACAACAGCUGCUACAAAUUUAGUGAAUGAGAAUAACAAUAACAAUAAUUCAAGUGGCGAUAAACAGCAUAAGUAUAAUCAAUCGAAUGAUCUUCGACUCGAUUUACCAUCAUCGAAUGAUUCCGAUUACUCGACGACAAAAAAUUCUCAUCCAGGAAAUGAUUCAACAAUAACGCAGCGUGAUGUAGGAGGACUAUUAUCGGAUAAAAAACGGCAACAAUGGUUAAGAGAAAAAGCUGAAAUAGAUCGAAUGAAACUAGAAGUUCAAUAUGAUCAACUGAAACAUCAACUUACGCCUUCGAAUGAUCAACCACCAUCGCCAGGACGUCCAAAGUAUGGUUAUGUAAACUCUUUUUCUUCGAAACCACCAACAACUACUGUUCCACCGGCUCCACCUCUACCAAAGUCACUUUCAUCUGAUAAUGUUGGAUAUAAAUAUAUGCACAAAGUGGAAGAUGACAACAAAACUGAUAUAAAAACACAAUUAAUGGAAAAAAAGCAACAGCAAUGGAAACAAGAAAAUGCGGAAAAAAUGCCCGUGUGGAAUCCGUUUGGUAAGCCUGGAGCAGGUGCACCAAGCGGCACAGAUAACAAUGCACGAACAAAUCAACAGCCAAAUCAGAAUAGUGCUUAUAACAGUUCAAUCCCAAUUCCAGUCAACACUGAACGAUCUACGACUACUUCUCAUCAGGCACCGUCUCAGACUUAUCCAAAGAGCCAGUUUCGUUUACCCAUCGACGAAGAUUUAUAUAAAAAUAAUAAUUCCAAUGAUAUUCGUUCAUUUUCGACAAUGUUUAAUGAUCAAACAAGAGUUCCAGCAGCAAUGCGUACCAAUUUACUUUUUGGUGAUGUAAGAUUUGAUGAUCAAGUUCAAAUGGCUAAAGAAGUUGAACGAAAACAAUGGCUAGAUGGUUUAAAAUCACAAAUUGAAGAUAAUAAAAAAAAACAAUUCACGAUAAAAAUCAAUGAACGAAAACAAGAUGUUUUACAAGAGCAAAUACAACCAUUUUUAGAAAGAGCAACACAGAAUCAUUAUCAAAACCGACAACACAAUGGAUUUAAUCAAGAAAAUAUUUCACCAAGAUCAAAUGGCGAUAGAGAUAGAGAACAACCACCACAAAAUUCACAAUCGUCAUCGGAUAUACGUAAAUUAAAUCAUCACGAAAACGUUGUUAAACAAACCUACGAUAAAAUUGUUGAAGCGAGUAAAAUGGCUGAAUUUGAAAAACGAUCACAAUUAAUUGAAAAAUUAAAACGAGGUGGACAUCAAGUGGAUAAAUUACAAAACACAUUACCAGAAAUUCGUUCUCAGUCUAACAAUAUUACUACUACAAAUUUAAAAUCCGGUGAAAAGUUAUUUGGUCCUAAUUAUGAAUCGUCCAAUUAUAAUAAUUCCCAUUAUCAAUAUCAAAAUAAAAUGGAACCAUUAAAUAUACAUAGUGACUCACAUAAACGUGAUGAAGCUGUAAAUACGAUAGAUUCAUCAUUUCGUAGUGAUAAUAGUUCUCAAACAGAUAUAAGAAUGCCACCCAAUAAACAAGUAUUUCCAUCUGAUGAAAAUGAAAGUGAUUUACCACCACAAGUUCCGAAGAAUUUGUCUCAUUAUCCACGAAAUAAAAAAAGUGUGAGAAUUAAAUCAUUAGAUGAUGAACGUGAACAAGAACAACAACAGUAUCCAUUUAAUACAAAUUAUCGCUCUCCCACAUCAUUUCGUGCGUCAGAAAAUGAAAAUAAUACGGUUGAUUUAUCCUCGCCCUUUAGUACACAUGAUCUAGUUCAUCGUCCAAAAUGGAAUUAUCAGAAUCCUGCUUAUCGGCAAUAUAUUCCAAAUUCAAAACGUGAUCCAUUUUAUGAAAAACGACAACGAAUAAAACAUUUUGAAAAUGGUAAUUAUGAAAAUAUUGACGAUGUUCAAAAACGAACAUGCUACAACCGAUGGAAUAGUGAUAGUGAAUUGGUGAAUCAACAACGAAAAACGAAUCAACAACCGUAUCAAAGUCAAACUCGUACGAGAUCAACUUUAACGAGAAAUAAUAAUCAGAAAGAUAAAGGUGAGAGUAUAAUGAAUUUAUUAAAGAGCAGUGGGGUAUCUAAACAUCACCCUUAUCAACAUCAACAAACACAACAACAUGAUGCAUUUAGUACUGGAGAUAAAAAUAACAACGAUGAUUUAGAUUAUGAUAAUAUAUCAUUGGAUAAAUAUGAAAAUCAUGUACCUCCUGCCAGAAAUGAUGAAAUAUUAGAUUCCUCUAACGUUCAACCUUCAGUAAUAAAUUCGGGGCAAACAUCUACUCAACAACAAAACAUGCGAGACACAACAAGGGGUCAACAGCAACCACAACCAAAUAACUACGGUUUAACUCCUCAGUACAAUGAAGAUACACAACGAUAUAACAAUGACUACAAUCAUUCGCAGUGGGAUAAUAGUAGUCGAAGUAGCGCGGUUCCCUAUCAACUACCCUCAUCAAGACAAGAACAAAUUCUCCAACAGUUGUCAGUCAUUAAAGAGCGUCAGAAAGAAUUGGCAUCAUCAGCUAUUGGUGGUAUUCCAAUUUGA